AUGGGAACCGCGGACAGUGGCGCCUGCGCGGAGGGCCCCGGGGCGGAGCUCAGCCGCAGACUCGAGCUCUUGCUCGGCCCCGGGACCAGGGGGACGGUCUGGCAGGUCAGAGGUCGCGAGUUUCCCCCGAGACUCCUCCCGGAAGCGCUCCCGGCCGUCGAGCCCCGACCCUGCCUUGCCCGACUCAGAACAUGUACCACCACUUUCUCCUUUGGUGUCCUCACCUACUGCUCCUGGCCUCAGGGUGACAGCUGGAACCAGAGCUGUGGGACCUUCCAGUCCCUGGAUGAUAUUCCUGACUUCGCCUGGAAGGUUUCAGCUGCAAUGCUCCUUGGAGGCUGGCUCCUAUUGGCUUUCAAUGCAAUUCUCCUCCUGUCCUGGGCCCUUGCUCCCAAAGGACUGUGCCCACGGAGGGGCAGUGGUCCAAUGCCAGGGGUACAGGUAGCAGCAGCCAUCGCCACCAUCAUGGGCCUGCUGGUUUUCCCCAUCGGCUUGGCCUCACCGUUUGCCAAGGAAGCCUGCGUAGCCUCCUCCAUGUACCAUGGCGGUCAGUGCCAGCUAGGCUGGGGCUACGUGACCGCCAUCUUCAACGCAGGCCUGGCCAGCCUCCUGCCCAUGAUGAGGCGGCCCCAUGUGACCGAGGUCCAGCAGAGGACCAUCUUCUUCUCCAGUGAUACUGAGAGCAUCAUCCUUGUGCCAGAAACGACCAAAUAA